AUGGGCUCAUCCACGAAACGAGGAGGCUUCCGCUUCAAGGGCCUGGACGGCGGGAACAAGACGCAGUAUUCCUCGUCUUCAGGGAUGGGGUUCGGGCAGUCGGGUCGGGGCUCGGGUGGGGGUGGGGGCGGGGGCGGUGGGGGUGGGGGUGGGUUCGAGAGCAGUCGCCCGGUGAGGACCCAUCUGGCCCUCUUCGCCAACAAGCACCCUUCCUUUGGGAGUUCUGGCGAAGGGGGAGGUGGAGGUGGGAUGAAACCCCGGAGGACGAACCUCAUGCCCGAGGCACCUCCCAUCAGCACGACGACCAGUCGAAACCCCCUCGGCCGAAUGCAACAGACGAAACCUUUCCCAGGGGCCCAGGCACAACACGAACAACAGAGAGCUCAAUACUCGAAACGAACGCCUCCGCAGCAACCUCACCGUCCGGCGAGCGAGAGUCCCCCGGCCCUCUACGGCGACGUGAAGGGCAGCAGGCAGUUCUACAGCCUGGAGAACCUGAGCACCGUGGAGGAAGACGAGCAGUUCGAGGAAUUCCUCAACUCUUUCUGGUACAGCACCGACUCCGGAGCGAGGAAGGUCCGCGGGAAGAGCCCCAACCAGAGGGAGAACCUCCGCACCAUCAACCUCCGCUCCAGAAGCAACGGAACCUUCGGCUUCGGAGUUCGAGACGUCCGAGAAGAAGGUGAGCUCACCCUACCUUCCUCCCUUCACCUCCCCCUCACCCUCCCUUCUGCCCUUCACCUCCCCCUCACCCUCCCUUCUGCCCUUCACCUUCACCUCCCCCUCCCCCUCCCUUCUGCCCUCUACCUCCUCUUCCUUAUGCCCUCCAUCUCCUCCUCCCUUCCCACACCCUCUCGGAUCGGGUUCUACGUGAAUCGAGUGGAAUCCGGCAGCCCCGCCGACAGGGGAGGGCUGAGGAUCGGCGACAUCAUCGUCGCCAUCAACGACGUCAUGGUCGACCGUCUUACGCACGAGCAGACGACACAG